AUGGACGCGCCCACCGCCGACGCCAAGCGCAAGCGCACCGAUGCCGACACCGACGUCGCCCACGUCGUCGAAGAGGCCUCCGACGCUGAGGUGGAGGAGUUCUACGCCAUCCUCCGCCGCAUGCGCGACGCCUCGCGCCGCUUCGUGUCGCGAGCCGGAGCUGGCGGCCGGGCUGGUCUCGCACGCGCGCCGGCAUGGCGCCCCAGCUUCUCCUGGGAGGACUUCGCUCCUCCGGCUGCCCCGACGACAACGGCGCCGUCGACGCAGCAGCAGCAGCAGCAGCAGCAGCGGUCAACCGUCGACGAGCGCGUCGCCGAGAACGCCACGCCGUCGCGCGUCACCCUAGACCUCAACGCCGAGCCGGAGCCCGAGGCGUCGGCCACCCCGCGCCCCUGAGCGCGUCCACGCAUAGCGACGACGACGUCGCCCGCUCUUACAGUCACCGACGAUAAGUUUUAUCGCCGGCCGGUGCUACCUCUCACAAUCACCGGUCAGGAACAGAAGAUGUGGAAUGCGGGGUCGGUAAAACCGGAGGCCGAUGUCGCCGGCGACU